AUGUCCCCUUCGGCAGUCGAUCAUCCUUCCGACGACGCCGCGCGGGAAGCUGCCGCUAAACUAGCCCUUAGUGAAGAUUUGCUCAAACGCGCCGAGUUAUUGCAGUCUGAGCUUCAAAGUUUUUCGGAUCACCUCACAGAAGUAUACAGCGAUUACUUCCAACAUAUGCCAACGUAUGUGCAUACAUCAUUUACCAGCGAGCUCCGGGCCGAGGUUGAGAGCUUAGAGAGGGCCUUUCGUGAUGUUAAAUCAUCGGAUCCCCUAGCCUCACAUCGGGCACAAUCUACCAAUCUUCCGUUCCUCGAACCCGUCUGGGAUACCGCGAAAAGAUCUCGAGAUGUGGUGAGGCUGCGGUGCGCUGUAUCUACUGGUCCAUUUAAGAAACCUAUUUUGGCUCCUGGAACACGUAUUGUUCGAACUCAAGGAGAAUCACAGCCUUUCCGGUCAGGCAGUUUUAUCAUUGAUGUAAUCGCAGAUGGCGGCCAUUCGUGGUAUAAAGUUUCGUCAAUGACUAAUAAAAGAUUACUGUUUGAUCUAGCAAAGGAAGCAAUAUUCUGUGGAGAUAGCGACGAUGACGAGGAUAGUGAUAUUGGUGUAGUUCAGGACUACACGGAUAUCCCGCUCGUGAAGCUAGCUAGGAAUCUAGCUGACACAGCCAAGGGACAUCGCAUUCAAACGAAGAAUCCAAGGACUUUCCUCAUUCUACCACGCAUAAUGAAAGGCGAAAAUCCUGAAGUUGAUAAAGUCAUAGAGGCUUGUCGGCAACUAGGUGUCAAUACACUCUGUAGCGAUGCCUUACCGCCAGCUCCACCUAUCUCAGGUAGUCUCCUUCAUGUAAUGGCCCCGAGCCCAAAAGCCAAUUUUACGGAAGUCUUGAAUAUUGAUACUUCCCUCCUCGUUGCUCUCGCGUCUGACUUUUCUCAUACCAAAGUCACUAAACAACCGUGGUUUAGUCAUUCACACAAUGAUCAUGCUGAUUUAGAAAGCGAGCAGUCGAUGCUUUCAUUGGUAUAUCCUAUGAUAGGUAAUCAUAAGCUCGUGUGCACACGGGAAGCAGCCGAAACCUUCUUCCAUAUUGUUAACACGUUAGCGACCGAGUCUGAAAAGACACGCGCCUAUUUGAUACUUGGCCCUGACGCCGAGAAAUCUCAAGUACAGCGAGCCAAUGAGUUGCAGUCGCUGUCGAUUCACGAAGUGCCACCGAAUUUGCAAUUUCCCAUUGAUAUCGUCGACAUGAAUGAGAAUGACUGCCAGGCCCGCUUCAGUGAAUUAAUAAAGAAGAAGCUUGAUAGCGUGUUAAAUCCUGGAAGAUCCGUCUUUUCCUACGGCUGGGCAAGUGGCCUGACCACGCUGACCUGCAACUCGGUUUUUAUUAAGCAACUAGAGAAAGACCUUGAACAGCUUCCCACUCUUGGGGACCUACCCUGGCCAUCAAUAUGGGCUUUCUCUACAUCGAGGCCGUUUGUCGGCGUUCCCAAGGAUAUUCGGAAACGCGUGCGGAAGCAUAUCGGGGACUGUAGCGUGGCUUGCACCUGUGGGAUUGUUGAGCUCUACGGUCACCAGAGUAACGUUACGAUAUUAUAG